UUAUUCUUUAAAUCAGCAACGAGCAGCGAAAGUGCCCUUGCAAACUGAAGGGGAAAGGUUGUAUUUGUUGCAAACUGAGUCGGCUUGUAGGGCUGCCCUGCACAAGUGGUGAAUACUACAGAAAUAGUUGUCGACCGGGCUAUUUAUACAUGGGCUUUCUUCGUAUGGGUUGCAGCCUAUAUAAUCAUAGUUUAUAAAACAUUAUCGUUCUGCUUGUAUCUCUUUUGCCUGAUUUGUUCUAUGUGCGCGCUCAGGGCUGAACGGAAAGCGCACGUCUCUUAUUUACGUUUUCCCUCUGGUUUAAAAGUUAAUAGUAAAGGGGGUGGGGAAUGAACGUACGAGGGGACUGUAGCGCUAUUUGAUCACGGUUGAGCUUUGAAGAUCAGUAAGCAUUGAGCCGGGCCCAAGGACGCAGAGAGAGAAGGAGAAGUCCGCGACUCUGAAUUAAUGUCCGCGGUCCGCGACUGGAAAAGAGAAGUGUGGAGACCAUAUGGCACUGGGAAUAAGGAAUUAUAUACGUUUAUAACUCCACCAAAUGGAAUUAUUAUAAUGGAUGAACGUUAUAGGGAAUAUAGCCUUCAUUGGGAUUGGAAGGAGAUCUGCAAUACGCUUUCAUGAAUCAUUUUGGAACCACAAGGUAACAUCUUGUUGGGUGAGAACCAGGCAGGAAGGAGUGGUCUCAGACCAAAAGCAGCAACAGUCAUGGUUUGGAGAGCAGGCCUUCUGCUCAGCAUACUGCUAGCUACAGCCACACACACCAUGUCUGCCAGCUUCCCAGAGGACAGUAUACCCCUGGACGCUGUCGAUGCACACUUCUCGCGGCAGUACCCAGUGUUCCGAGGUCGUCCGUCGGGGAACGAGUCACAGCACAGACUGGACUUCCAACUGAUGACCAAGAUACAGGAUACACUGUUCAUCGCUGGAAGAGACCAGGUGUAUCUAGUGAGUCUCCGAGAAUCCUACAGGAAUGAGAUCAUUCCCUACAGGAAGUUAACAUGGAGGUCAGGCGAGGCAGACAGAAAGAACUGUGCCAUGAAGGGGAAACACAGAGAUGAGUGUCAUAACUACAUCAAGGUUCUGGUUCCCAGAAAUGAUGACCUGGUGUUCAUCUGUGGAACAAACGGCUUCAACCCCAUGUGCCGGUACUACAGGCUGGAUAACCUGGAGUUUGAUGGGGAGGAAAUCAGCGGACUAGCACGAUGCCCGUUUGACGCCAAGCAGACCAACGUCGCUCUGUUCGCUGACGGGAAGCUGUACUCGGCAACGGUUGCUGACUUCCUGGCGAGCGACGCAGUGAUCUAUCGUAGUAUGGGUGACGGCUCGGCCCUCAGGACUAUCAAAUACGACUCCAAAUGGCUGAAAGAGCCCCAUUUCCUGCAUGCAGUGGAUUAUGGGAACUAUGUCUACUUCUUCUACAGAGAGAUCGCAGCAGAACACAACAACUUGGGCAAGGCCGUCUACUCCAGAGUGGCUCGUAUCUGUAAGAACGACGUAGGCGGGUCUCAGCGUGUGUUGGAGAAACACUGGACGUCCUUCGUCAAGGCCAGACUCAACUGUUCUGUUCCUGGAGAAUCGUUCUUCUACUUCGAUGUUCUACAGUCCAUCACUGACAUCAUCAACAUCAACGGAGUUCCUUCUGUGGUGGGAGUCUUCACUACACAGAUGAACAGUAUCCCAGGGUCUGCAGUGUGUGCGUUCUCCAUGGAUGAUAUAGAGACGGUGUUCAGAGGACGAUUUAAAGAACAGAAAACACCUGACUCUGUCUGGACCGCCUUCCCAGAGGAGAGACUGCCCAAACCCAGGCCAGGCUGCUGUGCGGGUCACGGCCAGGCUGAGUCCUAUAAGACCUCUAUAGAGUUCCCUGAUGAGACCCUCCUCUUCAUCAAGUCUCACCUCAUGGACUCCUCCGUGCCUAACAUAGGAGACGAGCCCUGGUUCACCAAGACACGCGUCAGGUACAGGCUGACAGCCCUGGCGGUGGACAACGCGGCUGGUCCACAUGGUAACUACACGGUGCUGUUCAUUGGUUCAGAGGCGGGCGUGGUGCUGAAGGUUCUAGCCAAGACUUCCCCUCUGUCCCUAAACGACAGCAUCCUAUUGGAGGAGAUUGACCUGUUCAACAGAGCCAAGUGUCUGUCUAACAGUGAGGAUGACAGGCAUAUUUUGUCGCUCCAUGUUGACAGAGACACACACAGUGUGUAUGUAGCUUUCUCUAGCUGUGUGGUUCGCAUGCCUCUCAGCCGCUGUGAGCGACACACUAACUGCCACAAGUCUUGUAUAGCGUCCAGGGACCCCUACUGUGGCUGGAUGCCUCAUGGAGCCUGUGAGAGGAUCCUGCCUGGAGUUCUGUCUGGUUAUGAGCAGGAUGUAGAGUUUGGGAACACGGUUCAGCUGGGAGACUGCCAUGUGUUUUUGGCCACUACAUCAGCGACAGAUUACAAAUCAUUUGGUGACCCGACCUCUGGUGUGUGGGAGAUCCAGGCGGGAGAAGCCAAUCAGAUGGUCCACAUGAAUAUCCUGAUCAGCUGUGUGUUGGCUGCCUUCCUCCUGGGGGCGCUAGUGGCCGGCCUGGUGGUGUUCUGCUACAGAGACUCCUUCCUCCGCCACAAGCCCCGGCACGCCCACAAAGAUGCAGAGUCAGCCCCCUCCUGCAGCGACUCCACCGGAUCCUUCGCUAAGCUCAACGGGCUCUUCGACAGUCCUGUCAAGGAGUACCAGCCAAGUCUGGACUGUCCCAAGCUGUACACCAACUUACUGAGCAGUGGUAAGGACCUGACGCCUAACGGAGACACCAAGACCAUGAUCCUCCGGGACGGCUCAGCCCCGGAGCUGGCCGCCCUGCCCACCCCCGAGUCUACCCCUGUGCUGCAGCAGAAAGGCCUGCAGCCAAUCAGGAACCAAUGGGAGCGAGCCAAUCACCACGGGAAGAUCAACGGAUCCAGGAAGAACUCCAACUCUACCUCCUCCUCCAUUGCCAAGAGUCCCCAGUUCCACCCCAGUUCCCCCCCCCCUCACCCCCAGCCCCACCCCCACCCUGCGCUGGGACACUCCCACAUCCCCAGCGCCGUCGUCCUUCCCAACGCCACGCACGAAUACCGCAGUGGUUACCAUGGAAACCCGACCGACGACGUCACGCCGCCGCGCACCCUGGACAGGAAGCCAGAGAACAUGGAACACCUGCAGGCCACGCCCCCUCAUUCUAAAGGAAGCAGGAAAGAGCAGAAGAGGUCGCUGGAUGCCAGGAACACACUGAACGACCUGCUGAAGCACCUGAACGAUGCUAACACGGCUAAUGCUAGCUCCAAGGCUAUCCUCCAAGAGGGGGCCGGCUCAGCGCCCCGACCCAGCAGACAACACCUGAUGCUGGAGCCUCUAGGGGACAUCACUGAGGUUCCCCCCAAGGUCCCCAGCCGAGAGGCCUCUCUUUACUCCCCCUCCUCCUCCUCAUCCCUGCCCAGGCACAGCCCCACCAAGAGGGUAGACGUCCCACUGCCCUCCACCCCUAGCUCCCCCACAGGCAGCCUGGGUAUGGGAGGAAGCAUGAGCGGCACCCUGGAGAGGAGGUACGGCUCUCAUCACAGGAUCUCUUCUCACAGACACUCCCUCACCGCCACCUCUCCCAACGGGGUCAGUAUGGGGGUGUCGUUGUCCCACCAACACAGUAUGAACAGAGGGGGGUACAUGCCCCCCACCCCUCCCUCCAGACUGGACUCCCAGAGGGGGCUUCACUCCCCCCAUCAACACCCCCACCCCCCCUCCCUGUCCCGCCAGAGCAGCUACAGUGGGCACGGCUCGCUCCCCCGCCAGGGGCUUAAACGAACCCCGUCCCUAAAGCCUGACGUCCCCCCUAAACCCAACGCCUUCACCCCACAGACUCCUCAGAUGAGGGUGGUCAACAAGUACAGCUACUAGGACACCAUAGACACUAUGGAGUGUACUACCAAGUGUACUAACUGGGACGGGGCAGGGGCACUACUGAGUAUGCUCUAGAGCCAGACUGGUUGUGAGAAGGGGUGUCGGGGUGUGUUCCCCGUGGAAUGAUUCAUUCCUUCACUCUAAAAAGAGAAAAUCACACCAGAUGUGACGUGGAGGUCUGUGUCUUGUCUUGUGGCUCCAUGUUUCUCUCCAUCUCACAACACACUGGUCAGUCUCCCCUAACCCUGACCCCUGGCCCUGACUCACUAACCCCAGCCCACCCCCAGGACAUAAGGCAGGGUGGGGGUAGAUGGGGGUAGGGGUCCUGAAGGGGACUAGCGUGGCCCCCAGUGUGUAGCCUGGCCCUAUGAUCCCGACUGUGGACGGUACGAGGUCUAACUCCGAGAACUACUUGAAGAAUGGGUCUGAUGUCUCACUGUCACUAAGCACUGUCUGUUUGUGUCACAAAUGGCACCCUAUUCCCCUUUGUUGUCAACUACUUCUGACCACGGCACAUAGGCCUGGUUGUACCUAGUGCACUAUAUAGGGAAUAAGGGUGCCAUUUGGGGGACACCCUAUGUCUUCCCAUGAAUGUGAACUGGACUGAACUGAACAAGGGGGAGGAAUACAAUAGAACUGUUUGUAUCUUAUCUGUCUGACUGAUGGGGGAGAGCAGUGAGGAGACACACUAAACAUAGUGUCCCUUUAGUGUCCCUUUAGAGGUGUUUAACUCAACUAUAAAGACUGAGGAGGAAGGAAGGCAACAGAGAGAACACCACUGUGUGUCAGCUGGAGGGUAAAACCCAAUGUACAGCAAACACAUACACACACACUUUGCUUGGGGAGGUGAAAGGCCUGGCUGCCUACGUACCCUAACAGGGACCCUCUGUAACUCACUGGGAUAACUACUAAACACGUUUGCUGCUAUUGGUUUAUGAUGAGUAAUGUAUGUUGAGUGUAUUUAGUCCUCUUAUGUGUCUGUACCCUACAGCUGCCGUUGUCUCCUGACGUGUGUGUGUGUGUGUGCGUACAGACAAUGCAAUGCAAUGCACUGUUAUAACAGGCUCCAGUGACAUCAGAGUCCUCUAUCAACACAUACCACUCUUCUCCUGUCUCACACAGACACACAGAUACAAACGGGCGAUGCAGAGACCUUUCCUCCAGUCUUUCAAUGUAGCAGAGUGGUAUUUAGAAACAUUUCAUCCAACCCACUUCAACAGGCUGAUUUUGGUUUGGUUUUCUUUAUUUUAUUCAGAAAUGAAAGACGUAAACAUUUUAAGCAACACCAAUGGGUUUAGUUCUGUCAGGUUGAAAUGGCGUCCUGUAACAUGUCUGUCUGUCUCACCUGCCAACUGCAUGUCCAUCACUAGUGUUAGUCUCUGUGCUCCGUUGGGAGUUCACACACUGCUCUCUGUGUGAUAGUUGCCCCAAGGUACAGAUGCAGGAUCAGCUUACCCUCUCUCAAACCUAAUCUUAACCAUUUCCAGGGUAACUGAUCUUAGAUCUUCAGUUCUCUGGUUGCCAUUUUGGUUCCAGAGGCAGUGUUGUGUUUGCAGUUUCCCAGUGAGUGACAAGUGUACAAUCACACCAACAUCUACCAAUGUGUCCUACCAAGUCAUGCUGGUAAUGACAAGAUACUGUACAUAUUAUAAAUAUAUGAGUAUACAUAUUUUUAGGCCAGUUAACCCCAAUCUGUGCAUCGUGUGCCUUAAUUCAACGAAUGAUUGAUAUACAGAAAUAUUGAGGGAAAAAAGUGAUUUGGUCCUGAAUGUCAUUAUUGUUACAAUAUAACCUAAGCAACUCUGAUUAUUUGAAUUCAGAGUGAAAUUUGUGUUCUGCAUUUCAAUUUGUAUUUAUCUACCAAACUGCAGUUAUUUUGAUUCUAGAACUAAGAGUCGGUUUAGUCACCAACAUUCCAUUACAGAAUGCAGACUGAAGCAAAGCAUGCUGGGAUUACAGUAUCCGUAUAUGACCUCAUGAAGAAGAAGGCUGCUGAUAGACCAAGCUGAGGUUCCAUGCAGUGAAUGUACUAUUAUGGCAUGGGGAUGUAGACUGACUCUUGUCUUUUCUCUAAACGCUUAGCUUCAAAACACUCAGCUCAACAUGGCACUAUACAGCCAAUAUACAGUAAACAGUCAAUACAGUACUCAAUAAACCAUCCAACCCAGUAUUAAGGUAAACACUCCGGGUAAUGAUAAUAGAUCAAAGAUGUGUAUCUGAUGUCUUAAUAAACUGUUCCAUUAGAGUGAGCAGUGGUCAUGUAACCGGGACAUGUAAAACAACAGGAUGUGGGUCAGAUCUCACAUUGACAAUGAGGUUCAUGAUUUGGGUACAUUUACUUUAUUUGGGGAAUUAAUUUGUCUGCCUGUUUGUAACCCGAAGCCGCAUUUUGUUUCAAAAAGAUAAUGGUAUUAAUUAAAGUCUGUUGUCUAUCAGUCGUCCUCUGCUAACCAGCGUUUGGGCUCACACACACACACACACACACACACACACACACACACACACACACACACACCCCUGUUCCAUGCGUCCAGACAGGCUGUGCUCAGCUGUCUUGUGCAUUGCCAUAUUGACCUGGGUCUUUGUGUUGCAGUGUCAGUCUAAAGCGUUCCUACCCUCCUGUCUAUCUAUGCUCUGUGUGUGCAGAUGAACCAGCCUCGUUGACAUUACCUUUCUAAUACUGUUCUGAUUGGACAGUAAGCCCUCCUGAUGUUUGUUCAGAGUGUUUGUAGAUAUGUUGUAAAGUUGGAACUGUGAAUGUGUACAAAAUGAUCGUCUUUUGUUUCAGGACUUCUUGUUGAAUUUUUUUUAACACUGCAUGUAUAGUUGAAAUAAAAUAUUACUGCACAGAA